UGCGCGCGGCCGCGGUGCAUUGUGGGACAGAGCUGCGGCCUGGAUAAAAGCCAAAAUGGCCUCAGGUGCGGUAGCGAACGCCCCUCCUGCAGGAGGAGCAAAUGAUGUGAGCCUGGAGGAACCGAAGAAGAUGACGAGGGAAGAUUGGAGGAAAAAGAAAGAAUUAGAAGAACAGAGAAAACUGGGGAAUGCACCUGCUGAAGUGGAUGAAGAGGGAAAAGACAUCAACCCUCAUAUUCCUCAGUACAUCUCCUCAGUGCCAUGGUACAUAGAUCCUUCCAAGAGACCCACACUAAAGCAUCAGAGACCUCAGCCAGAGAAGCAGAAGCAGUACAACUCCUCUGGGGAUUGGUACAAACGAGGGGUUCAGGAGCACGCCGUGGCCACGCGGUACCGCAAGGGAGCCUGCGAGAACUGCGGGGCCCUGACUCACAAGAAGAAGGAUUGCAUGGAGAGACCCAGGAAAGUUGGAGCAAAAUACACAGGCAUGAACAUUGCCCCAGAUGAGCACGUGCAGCCCCAGCUGAUGUUUGACUACGAUGGGAAGCGAGACAGGUGGAAUGGGUACAACCCAGAGGAGCACAUGAAAAUUGUGGAGGAGUACUCCAAGGUUGAUUUGGCCAAACGUACUCUGAAAGCCCAGAAGCUUCAGGAGGAGUUGGCAUCAGGGAAGCUGGAGCAAGUGAACUCCCCAAGACACCAGUGGGGAGAAGAGGAAUCAAAUUCACAGACAGAAAGAGAUCAUAACAGUGAAGAUGAAGAUGAAGACAAGUAUGCAGAUGACAUUGACAUGCCUGGGCAGAACUUUGACUCGAAGAGACGCAUCACAGUCCGAAAUCUGCGCAUUCGGGAGGACAUUGCCAAGUACUUGAGGAAUCUAGAUCCAAACUCUGCUUAUUAUGAUCCCAAAACAAGAGCAAUGAGGGAGAACCCUUAUGCAAACACGGGCAAGAAUCCAGAUGAAGUUGGGUAUGCAGGUGACAACUUCGUUCGCUACACAGGCGACACCAUUUCCAUGGCACAGACCCAGCUGUUUGCCUGGGAGGCUUAUGACAAAGGCUCUGAAGUUCAUCUUCAAGCAGACCCUACAAAAUUAGAACUCCUCUAUAAAUCUUUCAAAGUGAAAAAAGAAGAUUUUAAGGCACAGCAGAAAGAAAGCAUCCUAGAGAAGUAUGGAGGCCAAGAACAUUUAGAUGCCCCCCCAGCUGAACUUCUGUUGGCUCAAACAGAAGAUUAUGUGGAGUACUCUAGGCAUGGAACAGUCAUCAAAGGACAGGAGAAAGCUAUUGCUUGUUCUAAGUAUGAAGAGGAUGUGAAGAUCAACAACCAUACAUGCAUUUGGGGUUCAUACUGGAAGGAAGGCAAGUGGGGUUACAAGUGCUGCCACUCCUUUGUCAAGUACUCCUACUGUACAGGAGAAGCUGGGAAGGAAAUUGCUAAUACAGAGGCAAGUUUAAUGGAGGAGCAGCCUGAGGAGGCAGAGCACAUGACAAAACCCAAAACACUGAUGGAGAUCCACCAAGAGAAACAGAAAGAGAAGAAAAAGAAGAAGCACAAGAAGAGCUCAAACUCUGACAGUGAGGGUGAAGAGAAAAAGAAGCAAGAAAAACUAAAAAAGGCUCUAAAUGCUGAAGAGGCUCGACUUCUCCACAUCAAAGAAAUCAUGCAGUUAGAUGAGAGGAAGAGGCCAUACAACAGCCAGUAUGAAACCAGGGAGCCCACAGAAGAGGAGAUGGAGGCUUACAGAAUGAAAAGGCAGAGACCUGAUGACCCCAUGGCCUCUUUCCUUGGGCAGUAGUCACAGGAGGCACCAUUCCAGUACAGGAGACUUUUUCCAGUUGUUUACAGCUCUCUAUAGACACUUGCACUGUCUAAAAUGGCAGAAACCUUUCUGUGCUCUGAAGAAAUUUGUGAAAACUUCUUUCAGCAGACAUGAGCAGUCUAGGUCUUACUGGAGUUCUGUAAAUGUGUGUGUAUGUAUACAAAUACAGGCACAUAUACACACAUAUGUAUACACAUAUAUGUAUAGAUUAAAUAAAUGUAUAUUUAUAGAUUAAAUAAAUUCACCCACUCUGUAAGAUCUUGAAGGAGAUUUGACUGAAAUCCUAGAUUUAUUUGGCCAACUACUAUGUAUAUAUUUAUAUAUUUGGCUAACUAAUGCAUAAAGUUGUGAUACAGUAAAACUGACUAGUCAGGAGAAAUGGUCAGCAGGUGUCAAUAUAGAACAAAAACUGUUGACAAAAUUUGGCACAACUACUACUAGAGGUUCUUACUUGUAAAUCCUGUAUCAUGACUAAAAAAUACAUAGUUUCUUGAUCACUUUGCAGUAAGUACCUAGGAAAUGUAAAAGUUAAUUGCUUUGUUCUGGUUAAAUCAGAUAAAGAUAUUAAGUGUGUCUAGCCUUUUAAAAGAAAGGGUUGAGAGAAACUGACUGUAGAGCUUUUAAAUUCCAAUUGUUUCUUCAGAUGUAUUUUCACAGAAAUUACAGUUGUAAAGAUCUGUGUUCUUGGGUUUCCUUUUGAUAACAGUGUGCUAUUCCAUGGUGUGACAGCAAGAGUCAGGCUGUAAUCCCCUGUGAGAACCUGAAGCAGCAUCUGCUUUGGUUUGGCAAUGUUAGUCCUUAAACUGGGAAUUUUCCCCUUUUAACUGAUUAAAAGUUGAAGAACUGGGUGCAAAACUGCACAGCAUGACUUCAGAGUUGGAAGGCUUGGGAAUUACUUCUGUUGAGGCUUAAACUGUUUCCAAUGAAAAACUGCUCUUUUCCACAAAUAAUUAUAUACAAAAAACAUA